AUGAAGGAACGUGCUGCCGCAACAGCAAAGCCCAUCGCACACAUUGUCAACACAUUUUACGCUAGAGUUGAAGUUGGCUCUUCUAAUACAACGGCAGACGUCAUCAAGACGACGCUGAGGCGAGUGCGGCAAAAGGAGGUUGGUGCCAAGGCGUCAUAUGCCCCUACGGAGAGUGCCAACGCGGGCAGUGUAUAUGCCCGAGUGGAUGCCGCGGCGACCGACCGGUGUGUGGCAGUGACGCCGCGACUUAUGCCUCCAAGUGCCACUUACUCCGCCAUGUCUGCACUUCCGGUGCCAACAUCACGCUGGUGCACGCGGGACCUUGUCAGACAACAAGCGACCCGUGCGAUGACAUCCAGUGCCAGCAAGGUGCCAUAUGCGUCACGGCGGCCACGGGGAAGCCAGAGUGCCAGUGCCGCCCCCAGUGCCCCCAGGACGAAGCCCAAGGUCCCGUGUGUGGAUCGGAUGGCACGGACUAUAGCAGCGAGUGCGAACUGGCCCGAACGGCUUGCUUCCUCGAGUAUCAAGUCCAAGUUCGAUACACCGGCAUGUGUGGUAAAUGUUUUCAAAGGAUACCUGUUACCUGCAUCUUCUUCCUCGCCCCUCCCGGAUGCAGGCACUCGGCGGCGAAGUGUGUGGCAACGACGGGAAGACGUAUUCAUCGGAGUGCCACUUGAGAAUGACCGCUUGCUCCACUCAAGUGCAACUCCGGGCAAGACAUAA